AUGGGUGGCAUGGGAGAAAUUGAUGCACGAGGGGAUUGGUUUUGUACAUUUCCUAGCUGGGAUGGAUGCAAGGACAGGAAAAAUGUUGCAGAAGGAGUGGAGUAUAAAGAACCUGGCGGUGGUUACGUUCUUGAGUCGACGACAAUGGUGUCUUUUGGCCUGUCGCUAGCUAGUGAGCUAGCCUUGUCAUUGCCUUAUUGCAAACAGAAAAUUAAGGUUAAUAAAAAGGGACUGGCUCCGUUGACCAGGCCCAAGUGGGAAAAAAACCUAUGGUUAAACAAAGCUUUGGAUCCGUUGACCAUCAAGGCGUGGCUUGGUUCCCUUAAAGAUCAUGGGAUAAACUAA